AUGUCCGACGAGAAAACUGAUAUCGAAAUUGUAAUUGACGCCAAGUCUUUUAAUAAGAGAGCACGAAGCAUACUAUCAGCUUGGAAGGCACAGAAUAAGAGCGAGGGAGAAAAUCUGUUUCAGAGUGCAGACGUAAUCCUCAUAGUCAUAGGCAAUUUGAGUGACGCUAACCCAUACCAAAAAUCGUCUGCUGUUCAGCAAUGGCUAUUUGGUGACGAAUGUAAUGACAUGCUCAUUCUCAUUACGCAUGAUACAUUUCAUAUAAUAACCGGAGAGUCUAAUGUUGCUCGUUUGGAAGAACUGAAACAAACAGAGAAAUCUAUACCUAUUGAGAUUUAUGCACGCUCGAAAAAUCUAGAGAAAGAUCGGACACUUUUUGAGAAUGUUGUCAACAUUAUCAAGUCAACUGAAGAGAAACGCGUUGGAAUCUUGCCAAAAGAUAAAUUUUCAGGGACAUUUGUUCAAGAUUGGCAAGCAGUUUAUGAAUCUAACAAAAGCAACUUCCAUGAAGUAGACGUAAGCCUCAGGCUGGCAUCCCUUCUCGCUAUAAAAGAUGAAGACGAACAGGGCGCAAUGCGUUCAGCUUGUAAGGUUACAUCAAUUUUCAUGAAACGAGCUAUUGAAAUGCUGUCGGGAACCAUUGAUGAUGAUAAAAAAAUGACACACGAAAAGCUUGCAGAGGACAUUGAUAACAUUAUCAACGACGCAAAAGUCUGGAAAGAGCACCGAUCAUUAUUACAAAAUAUUGAUGCAAACCGGUUGGAAUGGUGCUAUCAACCGAUCAUUCAAAGCGGCGGUGUCUACGAUCUUCGACCUUCAGCCAGCUCAAAUUCCAAUAUAUUACAUUCAGGCACUAUCCUUUGCUCGUUGGGCGUAAGAUACAGAUCUUACUGUUCUAAUAUUGGGCGCACCAUCAUUAUCGAGCCAAAUAAGGAGCAAGAGAACAACUAUAAUUUUCUCUUAGAGCUACAGCGCCGAAUUUUGUCAACAAUAAGAGAUGGGGUAAAAAUUCGGGACGUUUAUAGCAAAGCUUUAGUAUACGUCCGUAAUAAACGACCGGAUCUCGUAAAGCAUUUUGUCAAAAAUAUCGGAUCUAGUAUUGGGAUAGAAUUUCGUGAAUCUCAAUAUCUAUUAAAUGCUAAGAAUACGCAGGAGCUGAAGAAUGGAAUGAUACUGAACUUAUCUAUUGGCUUUCAAGAUCUAUCCAAUCCAGAGGCAAAGGAUGAAGAAAGCAAGAUAUAUGCACUGUUGCUUAUAGAUACAAUCAGGGUUACGAAUGAUACACCUGUCAUGUUAACAGAUGUAAAAAAGAAGCUAAAUGACGUUUGUUAUUAUUUCAGUGACGAUGAAGCCAAGGAACAAAAUGACACCGAAAAUAAGCGAAAAACUAAACGGCCGGAACCUAAAAAACCACAAUCUAAACAGAGUGCUGUGUUGAAAACCAAGUUUCGUAGUGAAGAACAGGGAGAAGAAACACCGGAACAAAGACGUAAACGACAUCAAAAGGAAUUGGCUAUCCAGAAACAAGCAGAGGGCAUCGCCAGGUUUGCUGACGGUGUCGAUCAGCAAUCUAGUCAACGACAAGCCGUCUUUCGUAAAUUUGAAAGCUACAAGAGAGAUACUGCCUUACCCAAAGAGAUUGUUGUCGAUCUAAAGAACGAGACGAUUGUAUUACCUAUUUUUGGCUUUGCUGUACCCUUCCAUAUUUCAGCAUUGAAGAAUGCAACCAAGACUGAAGAAGGCGAAUACGUCUAUCUUCGUCUCAACUUUCUUACGCCUGGGCAAGCAACGGGCAAAAAAGAAGAUAUGCCAUUCGAUGAUCCAAACGCCAAUUUUGUAAGAGCUGUCACAUAUCGAAGCACUGAUCUGUAUUUAUCGGAAAUAUACAAAAAGAUUCUUGAUCUUAAAAAAACUGCGACCAAAAAGGAAGUUGAACGAAAAGAGAUGGCAGACAUAAUAGAACAAGAUAAAUUGAUGGAAGUUAAGGGUCGUAGACCACAACGACUGUCUGAGGUGUAUGCUAGACCGGUGAUGGAAGGGAAGCGUAAUGUUGGCGAGCUCGAGAUACACCAGAACGGUUUAAGAUAUCAAUCAAGCCGGAGCUCACAAAAAAUAGAUAUACUUUUUGGCAACAUCAAGCAUUUAUUUUUUCAACCUUGCGACAAUGAACUUAUUGUCAUACUACAUAUACACCUAAAGAAUCCUAUCAUUAUUGGCAAGAAGAAGACGAAAGACAUACAAUUCUAUCGUGAGGCAGCUGAUGUGCAAUUUGAUGAAACCACUAAUCGUAAACGAAGAUAUAGAUAUGGGGACGAAGAUGAACUCGGAGCUGAACAGGAAGAGCGUAGAAGACGUGCGCUCCUUAAUAAAGAGUUUAAAAUGUUUGCUGAGAAGAUUGCCGAGGCAAGCGAAGGGCGUGUAGAGGUUGACAUACCAUUCAGAGAGCUUGGAUUUAGCGGAGUUCCUUUCAGAACCAACGUCCUAUUGCAGCCAACGCUUGAGUGCUUGGUCCAUCUGACUGAUCCUCCGUUUUUGGUAAUAACAAUUGCUGACAUCGAGGUCGCACAUUUAGAACGUGUACAGUACGGCCUACGGAACUUUGAUAUGGUCUUUGUAUUCAAAGACUACUCCCGAACUCCGGUACACAUUAAUACCAUACCGAUGGAACAACUAGAAAAUGUCAAGGAAUGGUUAGAUAACGUCGAUGUAUCAUUCACUGAAGGGUCAGUAAAUCUCGACUGGUCGAAAAUCAUGAGAACAAUAAAUGCUGAUCCCGCUGGAUUUUUCAAAGGAAAAGGCUGGGCAUUCCUCCAGCCAGAUAGUGAAAAUGAAGGUUCAGACAUGUCUUCCGAUGAUGCCAGUGAAUUUAUGCCGAGUGACGAUGACUAUGGUGACAGUUCUAGUGAUGAGAGUAGUUAUGAUGAGGAGGCGUCGGAGGCUUCCGUUUCAACAGAAAGUAGUGAUUCAGCUCCCGAUUGGGAUGAACUUGAAGAAAAGGCCCGAAGAGCUGAUGAACGCAAACAGGGAAUUAAACGGAAAGAAGAAACUAAUGAGAGCGGAAAUAAAAAGAAAUAUCGUCGCACUUGA